CAAAAAGGAUAUUCCUGUUGCUAACUUCAUAGUGCACGAAAUCCACUGUAGCAGAAAUAUUGAAGUAUGCCGCUACUGCAGUGAAUUAAUCCCAAAGUCUGAAAUGAAGAACCACAUUGAGUCUGAACAUGUGCAGGUCACCUGCAAGUGUAGGAUGAAGAUAGAAAAAUGUCUCUUGACGGAUCAUGAGGCGUCGGAGUGCCCGCUGCGUCCUGCCGUCUGCCAGUACUGCGGCAUACAGCUCGCUUUCAGCAAGCUCGAGGACCAUGAAAUCUACUGCGGAGCUAGGACUGAGACCUGUGGCGUGUGCGGUCGGAACGUUCUGGUGAAAGAUCUGAAGGAGCAUCCUCGAGUCUGUGGGCAAGAGGUGAAACAAGCAAGAGGCAGCAGAACAGUGCAUUGCUUUGAGGAUGAGGAUGCGGAUUUGCGUGCCCUGCGAGACAUUAGGAACCGGCUAAGAUCAGGUAACUGUGCUGGGCCCUUGUGGAGAAUGCCCAGGGUGCUAGAAAAGCAGAUUUAUAGCGGCUGCUUAGGAGGCAAAACACUUAAGGACAUGAGCAGAAGAAAUGCUUCAGCAGUACGAAGAAAUCAAAAGCAAGAGGAUGAACUGGAGUGGUUGGAGAGAAACGGGAGCACUCAUUCUCCACUUUGUGAAGAGUGGAAUGCUGAUUUAGACUACGUGCUGGCUCUUAGCCUACAAGAUGAGAGUAAUCCUCAUGAUAAUGCUGCAGCUGAAAUUCCCCGUGACUUCUGGGAGGACUACUACAGCAAAGGGUCUGUGCCACCGGCCUGUCGUAAUGAAACAGACAACUCCAGUGCCUUCUCCUGUGACUCUGCAGUGUCUUUUCGCACGUCAAACCACAUAAAAAAAGGAAACAUCAUGAUUCCCUGUGAAUUUUGUGGCAUCCAACUAGAAGAGGAGACACUCUUUCCACCGGUGGCGGAGGAGGAGGAGGAGGAGGAAGGCCCGUGGGCUUGGGGCGCAGGAGCAGAGAGCUUGUUCAGGAACGGGAUGAAGUCGCAGACCAGCAGCUUGAACCGUGGUACCUCGCACCAUGGCGAGAAGCUGUUGUCUGGCUGCUCGGGGUAA